UUGACUCUGCGUGCGGAGAAGUUUGUGGCAUCAUGAGCAAACACGCUUGGCCAUGCUGAGAGAAGGUCUUACUUCUGCAUUGUUGGUAGGCAUACGGUUUUGGCCCACCUGACGUGGCCUGUGAUUUCAGAUAGUUCAAGGCAACCCUUGUUGUCGUCGGGGAAUUGUAUUCAACCAAACUCGACUUCAAGUUCGACGGAGACCAGCAUGCAGUCUCUAUUUUCGUCUCGGAAAGAGCGCAAACGGGAACAACAGUUAAGACUGGCUCCAGCUGCUGCCAGUGAAGAUGCUUCCCAUUUGCCACCAGAGUAUCUUUCUAUUUUCGCACUUUCAAAGUCUUCCCCGGGAUUGUUCCUUUACGUUGCGCUCUCUAUCCUGUCAUGUGGCAUUCUGGCAUUGGUGGGACGAUGGUAUCCAGAAGUGCGAGUUCGGUUGAUGCGGAAACGCGCGCAAAGUUUCCGGGAGGCAGAGUUUGUGAUUGUAAAAGGACGAAACGGUCGCUGGACAGAGAUUGAAGUACGGCGGGAUAUGGGGCUUCAAAUGUUCCAAUCAAGCGGGACAGAUGAUAAGAGCGUAGUGGAGGAAAGAGCGAUGAUUUGGUUCGAAUAUAGAAAACAGAGAUACAUCUAUCGAGAGGCAUUCUCUUCGUUUCAGCGCCACAAUCCUAGACUGAGAAAAUCAUGUAUGGAGAUACACCAGCUACGCGGUGGUCUAUCUGAAGAGGAAGCCUCAGUCUGUUUAAAUCAGAAUGGCCCCAAUCACAUUGAUAUUGACGACCUUCCCAUUAUCAACAUGUUACUGGACAAGAUCAUCCAUCCCUUCUACCUAUUCCAAGUCUUGUCAGUCAUUGUCUGGAUGCUUGAAGCAUACUACACUUACGCCCUUCUCAUAUUAAUCAUGAGCUGCUCGUCAAUCGCCUGGGAGCUGUAUUCUGCGAAACAGAAUGAGAAGAAUUUACGCAAUCUGGUGAAGGUCGAACAUAUUUGCAGGGUAAUACGCGAUGGUCGGACGGUGGAGGUACCUGCAGCGCAACUGGUUGUGGGGGAUGCGGUAAUACUGGAAAACAUCCGAGGGGCUCCGGUGGUAGCCGACAUGGCUUUGGUGCAAGGAGAAUGCGUUGCCGAUGAGUCAACUUUGACUGGAGAGUCAAUCCCCGUUGUCAAAACGCAGUUACCAUUCGUCGAUGCUCCUGGAAAGGUUUACUCUCCAGAUCGGCACAAGAGCAACACCCUUUUUGCAGGGUCGGUCAUUGUGGAGGUUAAGGUUAAGUGCGAUGUGAUGACUGCGACGAGCCCUAGAAAUCUUUUUGGAGAAGAAGAGCCACAAAGUGCAAUUGCCAUUGUGACAUCCACAGGGUUCGCUUCCACGAAGGGCGAAUUAUUUCGUUCAAUCCUUUUUCCGGAUCAGAUUGAAUUCAAAUUCUACCGAGAUGCCUACAAGUUCUUGGCCAUCCUCGGCAUGGUCGCGGUGGCAGCCUUUAUAAAUAGGCUGAUCUAUGGGUUACGGAAUAGGUUACCCUCACAUGCGAUUGUACUGUCUUGUCUGGACCUCAUCACCAUCGCAGUUCCCCCCGCGUUGCCUCUGAUUUUGACAGUCGGCAUUGGAUUUUCUCUUGACCGUUUGAAAAGACAGUCCAUAUUUUGUAUCGAUCCCGAGCGAAUCAACCUAGCUGGUCGUGUCAACAUUAUGGCUUUCGAUAAGACGGGGACCCUCACAGAGUCUUCCCUGAGAUGGGUUGGCAUCGAGGCAGCCAAUGAUGGAAUGUUUGUUGGGUUUUCCAACAAUACAGGCGGGGAGUCCAGAAUGGAACGAGUGCUCGCUACAUGCCAUGGUAUCAACAAUGUUCAUGAACGGCUUGUCGGGCACCCUGUGGACGUGGAAAUGUUCCGGAAGACAGGUUGGAGCCUAGACCAGAGGGAGCAGUCUACCUAUAUCAACGGACAACCUGUACCACUAGCGGCAGUCAUUGUGCCCCCAGAAGCGGACAAAUCCACAUAUCACAUCCUUAGACGUUUCGAAUUUGAUGCUCAUCUUCAGAAGAGUUCGAUAGUUGCGAUAGCAGCCGACGGCGCGAGUCUCUUUUCGUGCACGAAGGGCUCUCCAGAAGCAAUUCGAAAUAUAUGUCGACAGGAGUCCAUUCCAAUGAAUUUUCAUGCGGUAUACAGGCGCUAUGCUGCCCAAGGAUAUUACAUCAUUGCUUGCGCAACGAAAGAGCUGACGGGCAUUCUGUCUGAUGAGCCGACACCCAGUGAAAUCGCGAAUUUGCGACGAGAACAGGUGGAAAGAGACGUAAUGUUCGCGGGAUUCUUAUUGCUUCAAAAUCAAGUGAAGGAGGAGAGUGUUCCUACAAUUGCGAUGUUAAGAAAAGCUCACAUUCGGUCAAUUAUCAUCACAGGAGACAACGCAUUGACAGCGAUUCAUGUGGCUCGUCAGCUGGAUCUCUGCCAUAAAGUCCUGCUCAUUGACGUCCAUGAAGACAACGUUGUUUUCACACAGGUGCAAGACGAACCUGACAUUGAGACAAUGAGCCUGCACAGUGCCACUCCACGGCGACACGUUAGUACUGGGUCCUUAUCCAGUCGCCAACGUCCUGAGGAAUUUGCACAAGCUGCUAGUGCUCCGGAUGCAACCGACGACGAACGCAGUCACCCUAUUGAAGAUCUGACAAGACAUUUGACUCAUGUAAUGGAUCAAGUGGACAUUGCAGUCACCGGUGCUGCCCUCGACGCUAUCAUUGGGAGAUACGAAGCAACAUUUGCGAAUUGGCUGGCAGGCCGGGCGAGGAUAUUCUCGAGGACAAAGCCCAGUCAAAAGACCUGGAUUGUGGAACGUUUGAAACGGCAAGGAAAUUAUGUUGGUAUGUGUGGGGACGGCACCAAUGAUUGUGGAGCUUUGAAGGCUGCGCAUGUUGGAUUGGCGUUAUCGGAUGCAGAAGCUUCAAUAGUGUCGCCUUUCACGUCUGCACGGAAGUCGGUGUCGGACGUCGAAAAGCUGUUUAGAGAAGGGCGCUGUGCGCUGGAAACAUCCUUUACUGCUUUUAAGUACAUGAUUAUGUAUCCAAUCAUCCAGGUGUUCCUCGUUGCAACCCUGUACCAACUGGGAACUGAUAUGUCAAACAAUCAAUUCCUUUUUGAUGACCUCGCAAUCGUGCUAGCACUGUCCCUUCUCAUGCUAUAUACUGGUCCUGCCCUUCACCUGGAGCGGGACCGCCCAACCGAUGAUCUUUUUAGCCCCAUCAUUCUGGUUUCCAUAGGCGGACAGUUUCUCAUCAACGUGGCCUUUUUCAUUGCAUGUGUGGCAAUGCUGCUCAAGAGCCAAUGGUUUUGCUCAGUGUCCAAGGCAGCGGAAGGAUUGGACGAGACCUUCCGUCCCAUCAAUAGUACAUCAACCAACUUUACCUGGGCCUGCUAUCCUAUCGACCCUGUUGCGGACAUUCACGACUCAACCAUUAGCAAAUCUUACGAAAACACUGUUUUGUGGCUAUAUACGCAUUUUCAAUUUGCCAUUUGCGCUCUGGCCUUUUCAAUUACCAGAACCUACCGUCGACCUUUUUGGACAAACACUCCCUACGCCACGUACUUGCUUUUGCUAUUCUGCAUUUUGACAGGCAUGCUUCUUUCCUUGGGGAGAGCGGGAUCCGGGUACGAAUUUAUGGCUCGCUUGUUCGAUCUCCGGACCGGGGUACCGGAUGAUUUUCGAUUUGCUGUUUGGUGUAUAGCCAUGGCAAAUCUUGGCUGUGCGCUCAUAUUUGAAGCUGUCGUAGUCAACGGUUUUGUCCGAAAGUGGGUGGCACGUCAAGAAGAUCUAAAAAAGCAGGCCAAAGAUCUGAAACGGGAGCGAAGCGUUGGUAUCGGGGUAGUUGAAGAUACUGGAAUCCUGGACGUACAAACAGGAAGAUGGGGAGGUGCCGGUGGAUCUUUUGGGCGAAUUAUGUCGUUUGGAUGGUGGGGUACCAUUCCAGAAGAGGAUAGAAUUAGUCACGAAUUUGAGAUGAGCCAAGUGGAACGGCAUAACCCUGUUGAGGAUUUCUAUGAUGCAGAAGAUGAGAAUGUAUUCGUAGGAGGAGAUUCGGAGGAGAGUCUCAGGCUGGUUGGUGCGCUUCGAUAAUAUUUAUUGCACGUUCCCGCCAUGAAACUUAAAAUUAU